CCCAUGUAGAGGCCUAUGGGCUUUUAGGUAGAGAGAAGCACACCCAUCUCUUAAAUGACUUUCUAGGAACACUAGAACGAUCCACACGUGGGAAUCAUGAAAGAGUUUUGUAUCUUCUUGAUCUGCUUCAUCAACCUGUUGCUGCUGGAGAGCUCAUCGUGUGCUGGUGACUCAAGUGUUGUGAAUCCCUGUUGUUCCUACCCCUGUCAGAACUCAGGAGUGUGUGUGAGAUUUGGUACAGAAUGCUACGAAUGUGACUGCACUCGAACUGGCUUUUAUGGAGUCAACUGCACUGUUCCGGAGCUCUGGACCAGAGUUCGUCUCAUGCUGAAGCCGAAGCCUACGGCGGUUCACUACUUCCUCACGCACUUCCACUGGUUCUGGGACCUCGUAAACAACUCUUUCCUGCGAGACACAUUCAUGAGAUUAGUGCUAACCGUCAGAAGCGACCUUAUUCCAAGCCCUCCGACCUACAAUACUAAAUAUGGAUACCUCAGCUGGGAGUCUUACUCCAACAUGUCCUACUACACCCGUCUCCUCCCUCCUGUUCCUGAGGACUGCCCUUUGCCCAUGGGAGCUAAAGGUAAACCUCAGCUUCCUGAUCCGAAAGUGUUGGCCGAGAGGUUUUUUAAGAGAAAGACAUUCAGGCCAGACCCUCAGGGAACCAACAUGAUGUUUGCCUUUAUGGCGCAACACUUCACUCACCAGUUCUUCAAGACAAACCAGGAAGUUCAAGGUGGCUUCACCAAGGCUUUAGGACAUGGGGUAGAUGCGAGCAAUAUCUACGGAGACAGCCUCAUACGACAGCUUCACCUACGGCUUCAUAAAGAUGGAAAGAUGAAAUAUCAGUUAGUAAACGGUGAGAUGUACCCCCCAACAGUAUCAGAGGUCCCUGUGCACAUGGUUUACCCUGAACACUUCCCUCCAGAGAAGCGUCUGGUCACCGGUCAGGAGGUGUUUGGCCUCCUGCCGGGCCUCACCAUGUAUGCCACCGUAUGGCUGAGGGAGCACAACAGAGUCUGUGACGUCCUGAAGGCGGAUCACCCCACCUGGGACGAUGAGCAGCUCUUUCAGACCGCCAGACUCAUCAUCAUUGGAGAGACAAUCAACAUCAUAAUAGAAGAGUACGUGCAGCACCUGAGUGGCUACCUGUUGGACCUGAAGUUCGAUCCCACUCUGCUCUUCAACGCACGUUUCCAGUACAGCAACCGCAUCGCUCUGGAGUUCUGCCACAUCUACCACUGGCACCCGCUGAUGCCUGACAGCUUCCUCAUCGACGGCGAUGACAUCCCAUACCCUCAGUUUAUGUUCAACACAUCCCUACUCAUGCACUACGGGGUGGAGAAGAUGGUGGAUGCCUUCUCCAAACAACCUGCAGGCCAGAUAGGAGGAGGUCACAACUCGCAUGUAGUUGUGCUUCAAGUGACAGAAAAGGUCAUCAAAGAGUCACGAGCAACACGAGUGCAGCCCUUUAAUGAAUACAGGAAGAGGUUUAACCUAAAGCCGUACACCUCUUUUUAUGAAUUUACUGAUGACAUUGAAAUGGCCGAAGGUUUAGAGGAGCUCUAUGGUGACAUUGAUGCUCUGGAGCUCUACCCCGGUGUCCUGCUUGAGAAAGCACGACCUAACAGUCUAUUUGGGGAGAGCAUGGUGGAGAUGGGGGCUCCCUUCUCCCUGAAAGGCCUGCUUGGAAACCCCAUAUGCUCCCCUGAGUACUGGAAGCCCAGCAGCUUUGGGGGAGAGAAGGGCUUCAAUAUCGUCAAAACUUCCACCUUGAAGAAACUGGUGUGCCUAAACACCAAAUGGUGUCCAUACGUGGACUUCCAUGUUCCAAGAAAUGACGAGGAGCUGAAAUCAAGGAAAUCAAAUUCUGAACUUUAAUCAAUUCAUCUCAAUCAGUUUAUUACUAUGCUGACUGUAGGGGACAUUCUUUAGCUGCCAAUGUGUUGCAAAUUGUUCUCUUUAGGGAUAUUUUAAUUCUACAUGACAUUUAGUGGUUUCAAUCCUGCCUGCAGAGAGAGAGACAUACUCUGAAUCCAAGCAGGUCUACCUCCUGAAAACACAGGUGACAAAUUCCAUAGUUUCUGGAGCAGGAAAAAAUAUUUGCACUAUCUUGAAAAUGUUUUUUAUUUGGUAAUGGUAAUUUUUUUUUGUGUAUUUUCUAUUUUCUUUCAGUGAGGGUAUAACAUCACCAUAUCUUCUUGAAAAAUGUAAUGUAACUAAAAUAGUCAUAGUAAAACAUUUCUACAAAAUAUGAUAAAUAUUCUGCAGACAUUCUUGUUGCAUGUUAAUGGAAACACAACUCAAGAUUUGAAGAUUCAAAGAUGUAUUGUCAUGUCAUAUGCUACGGUGUAGUUAUGCAAUUCAUGAAAAAAGUAGGUCACUUGUUCCUCACCAGCGCAAUUACAAGACAUACAUUUUUAUAAAAAUAAAAUAAAAUAGUCCAAAGAAUAAAAAUGUAUUAAUUCAUCUUGGUUAAAUUGACAUGAAUGUUAAUAAUCUAAAUUAUGAAUUUCUAAAUAUAGUCACUAUUUAGAUAACUCACUUGGCAAUUUGGAGUUUGAGCAAAACACUUCUGGCUGAGCAGCUGAUCUUUAACACGUCUUCAUCUCUUUUUAUGUCUUUUAGAUGUUUUGAGUGUGCAUGUGCUUUAUACAUAAGUUUGACUUUACCAUUGAAGGAAUUUGAAUUAUAUUUGAGACAAUAUGCUUUAUUAAGAUGGUAAACGUGAUGCUUACCAUUAGCACGUUAGCAUGCCGACAUUACCAUCUAGCUUGUGCUGGGCAGCCUCACACAGGCACUACUGUAUAAUGUCUACAGACUCUUAGUAUUGUUACUUUUUUUCCAGCUGUUUAAUGAGUUUCUACACAAUUGGAAUAUAGAGAAAAAAUAUACAAUCACAAAACUAAGUCGCUAGAUGUGAUGUCUUAGUUUGAGUUCUCACACCAACUUAAUGACAGGAAGACGAUGUUGUGUCGCCUUGAAUGUGUGAGAAAAGUGAUCACACUUUACUGUGGUUUUGUUGAUGUCCCAAAAGGGAACCACAGGUUUACUUCUCUGUUUCACGUUUAAACGUAGCAGUUACAACUUGUCAGUAACUUGUUUUCAUAGAGCACAAAACCCCAACUCAAUAUCCUCUUAAUAUUAUAAAUUAACAAGACUUUUCAAAAGUCAAAGUUGUUGCUACUAUUCUAUUCUUAAAUCCUACUAAAGUUAUUCACCUUAAAUCCCACGCUCUGACAUUUGCAGAAAAGCUAGUAAAUGUUUUUGCUGAACAUAUUUUAACCAUACAAUUUGAAUUUGAACCUCAUCUCUUUCCAUCAAAGAUAAACUUCAGUGGCAGCUCUUACCAAUUUCAUACAAACAUUGAAUGCAAGUAGGCGCAUUUCAACCCAGUCUCACGGCAUUUCGUGUUAUAGUCACGAUAUUUAAUCUAUUGAUUCGUGUCACACAGAACGAUUUUAAAAGCAAUGCAUUUCUAUUGGUAGUAUGUUUCGUGCCUGCAACACGUCUUUUUGUCCGGUCGGGUCUUGGAAGACCGGAAGCUGUGCGGUUCAUAAAAUCGUUUUCUCACUCAAUAUCAAGCCACAAUUAUUGUUUUUAUUUUAAAUCGUAUAAUGUCGGACUUUUUUUGCCGUCAAUGAGGAAAAUAAAUGGGGCUCAGAGCCUCAGAAUACUGAAAUAUGUAUUUUUUAAAUCUUUUUUUCCUUCUAAUUUGUUAUUCUUUUCUAAAUAACACACUGUUAUUUACUCAACAAUAACACACAAUUAUCCUUGUUUUUAUUAAUUUGUUCAAUUCUAUAAUCUCUGGCUUUUUUGGCGUCCGUCAGGAACUGAAUUUCAAAAUAAAAUAACCGGAAACAGACGUAGGCGAUACACACCCACUGAACUGAUUGCCCAAGAUCCUCAGCUAUGGUUUAAGCUCGGUGAUUGGAUGUUUUAGCCACAAUGCACGUUGGUAUAUGGUGUUUAUACGAUAUGAAAUCCAAAAAACAUAAACAAAUAAAAAAAAUAAUACUUUAA